UUUCCGGUGGCCUUGAACGCACCAUCACAAUCCAGAUUCUCCAUCUUCCUCCAACUAGGAAAAGGGACCAACCUGCGUCUUUUACGCCCACUGCAAUUAAAUACUUUUCGGCUUCAAUAUCACCAAUUAGAUAUAAAAGGACCACAGCCAUGACAGACUCCAAAUAUUUCACAACAAACAAAAAAGGGGAGAUUUUUGAACUCAAGGCAGAGCUGAACAAUGAGAAGAAGGAGAAGAGAAAAGAGGCGGUGAAGAAGGUCAUAGCUGCCAUGACUGUUGGCAAGGAUGUCAGUUCUUUGUUUCCAGAUGUGGUGAACUGCAUGCAGACUGACAACCUGGAGCUGAAGAAGUUGGUUUACCUCUACUUAAUGAACUAUGCCAAGAGCCAGCCUGACAUGGCCAUCAUGGCCGUCAACAGCUUUGUUAAGGACUGUGAGGACCCAAACCCUCUCAUCAGGGCUCUGGCCGUUCGCACCAUGGGCUGCAUCCGUGUGGACAAAAUCACAGAAUACCUGUGUGAGCCUCUGAGAAAAUGCCUGAAGGACGAGGACCCGUAUGUGAGGAAGACGGCAGCUGUUUGUGUGGCAAAACUCCAUGACAUCAAUGCCCAGAUGGUGGAGGACCAGGGCUUCCUGGACUCUUUGAGAGACCUCAUUGCUGACUCAAAUCCCAUGGUUGUAGCCAACGCAGUUGCUGCUCUGUCAGAGAUCAGUGAGUCUCACCCCAACAGCAACCUGCUGGAUCUUAAUCCCCAGAAUAUCAACAAGUUGCUCACUGCCCUUAAUGAGUGCACCGAGUGGGGGCAGAUCUUUAUACUGGACUGUUUGUCCAACUAUAAUCCCAAGGAUGAGCGCGAGGCCCAAAGUAUCUGUGAGCGUGUAACUCCCCGACUGUCUCACGCCAACUCAGCAGUGGUGCUGUCGGCUGUUAAAGUCCUGAUGAAGUUCUUAGAGCUGCUGCCCAAGGACUCUGACUACUACAACACCUUGCUGAAGAAGUUAUCUCCACCUCUGGUCACCUUGCUUUCUGGAGAGCCGGAGGUCCAGUAUGUGGCUCUGAGGAACAUCAACCUCAUUGUGCAGAAAAGGCCUGAGAUCCUGAAGCAGGAAAUCAAGGUGUUCUUUGUCAAGUACAACGAUCCAAUCUAUGUGAAACUGGAGAAACUGGACAUCAUGAUCCGCUUGGCCUCUCAAGCCAACAUUGCUCAGGUGCUGGCUGAACUGAAGGAAUACGCCACAGAGGUGGAUGUCGACUUUGUGCGCAAAGCUGUUCGAGCCAUCGGACGCUGUGCUAUUAAAGUGGAGCAAUCUGCUGAGCGCUGUGUCAGCACCCUGUUAGACCUGAUCCAGACCAAGGUCAACUAUGUGGUUCAGGAAGCCAUUGUGGUCAUCAGAGACAUCUUUCGCAAGUACCCCAACAAGUAUGAAAGUAUCAUUGCCACCCUGUGUGAGAACCUGGACUCUCUGGACGAGCCCGACGCUCGUGCUGCCAUGAUCUGGAUCGUUGGCGAGUAUGCGGAGAGGAUCGACAAUGCUGACGAGUUGCUGGAGAGCUUCCUCGAGGGUUUCCAUGAUGAGAGCACUCAGGUCCAGCUCACUCUGCUGACUGCUAUCGUGAAGCUGUUCCUUAAGAAGCCGUCAGAGACUCAGGAGUUGGUGCAGCAGGUUCUCAGUCUGGCCACUCAGGACUCUGACAACCCUGACCUGCGUGACAGAGGCUACAUUUACUGGCGUCUUUUGUCCACUGACCCUGUGACAGCCAAGGAGGUGGUGUUGUCAGAGAAGCCCCUGAUCUCAGAGGAGACAGACCUGAUUGAGCCCACCCUGCUGGAUGAGCUCAUCUGUCACAUCGGCUCUCUGGCCUCUGUCUAUCACAAACCCCCCAGCGCCUUUGUGGAGGGCAGCCACGGAAUCCACAGGAAACACCUUCCUGUCCAGCACAGCAGCAUUGAUACAGGUGAGAGUCCAGUGAGUGUUGGACCAGCAGCUGCCAUGGACCAGCCACACGUGAUCCCGAGUCAGGGAGACCUGCUGGGUGACCUGCUCAACCUGGACCUGGGCCCCCCUGUCAAUGUGCCCCAGGUUUCCUCCAUGCAAAUGGGUGCAGUGGAUCUUCUGGGAGGAGGACUGGACAGUUUGCUGGGGGGAGACCUAGGCGGAGGUGUUGGGGGAAGUCCAGCAGUGGGCCAGAACUUCAUCCCCUCGUCUGUCCCCAGUACGUUUGCUCCGUCACCGACACCAGCACCUCCAGCCGUCAGCAGUGGCCUCAACGACUUGUUUGAGCUCUCCACAGGCAUGGCCAGCACCACGGGAAGCCACAUUGCACCAAAGGCAGUGUGGCUGCCUGCAGUGAAAGCCAAAGGACUGGAGAUCUCUGGAACCUUCUCUCGCCGCCAGGGACACAUGUACAUGGACAUGACCUUCACAAACAAGGCCCUACAGCACAUGACGGACUUUGCUAUCCAGUUCAACAAGAACAGCUUCGGUGUCAUCCCCACCAGCCCUCUGGCCGUCCACACUCCGCUGAUGCCCAACCAGAGUAUUGAGAUUUCUCUGCCUCUCAACACCAUCGGACCAGUCAUGAAGAUGGAUCCACUCAAUAACCUGCAGGUGGCUGUGAAGAACAGCAUAGAUGUCUUCUACUUCAGCGUGCUCAUCCCACUCAAUGUAUUCUUUGUUGAGGAUGGAAAAAUGGAGCGACAGGUGUUCCUGGCCACCUGGAAAGAUAUUCCCAAUGAGAACGAGCUGCAGUAUCAGAUAAAGGAGUGUCACCUGAAUGCAGACACGGUGUCAGGGAAGCUGCAGAAUAACAACAUCUACACUAUUGCGAAGAGGAACGUGGAAGGCCAGGACAUGCUGUACCAGUCCCUCAAGUUAACCAACGGCAUCUGGAUCCUGGCAGAGCUCCGCAUUCAGCCUGGCAACCCCAACUACACGCUGUCUCUCAAGUGCCGGGCACCUGAGGUUUCUCAGUACGUGUACCAGAUGUACGACUCUGUGCUGAAGAAUUGAGCCGCUCUCAGGCGUAACCACUCCGCUGCAUCCUGACAGUUGAAAGCGCAGUGUUUUAUCAUUUUUACGGCACCCAACACUAACUGCCUAAACAAGGGAAUUCAAACGGUUAACGACAGAGACUGAGUCCAUUUGGAAGAUUUGAAAGCGUCGAGAGAAAGAAAGAAAGAAAGAAAGAGAAAGAUUUCAGCCAGAUUUAACGUCUGUUAACUGUUCUGUGCAAUUCACCGGGGCUCGCUGCGGUUUCCUUUAUUUUGGCAGUUGGAAGCAUUAUUAACUCCUCUCAUUCAGAUGAAAAUGUGAGUACCAUUCCAUCCUUAACUUAGUGUUUUAAUGUUGUAAAGAUGUGACUGAUGGUGAAAACUUUUCUGUGUACAAAAAACAAAUCUCCCAUUUAGAAAAAGAAAUGGUUAUGGCUUCUUUUAUAUUUGAAAACUGUCUUUUUUCCACUCCCACUCACAUCAUUGCCAGUGCUGUUAGUUACCAGCAGGUUAAACUCUCACUGUUCUUCUGCACACAUGCUUGUAUCUCUUAUGCAUCACACUGAGCAGCAUGUGAUUAUUAUUACUAUUUUUUUCCCUGUCAUGAGAUCGACACAGGUUUCUUGUGUGUGAUGAGAUUUAAAAAAAAAAAGUGAAUUUCCAACAAGUUGAAAAAAGAAAAUGCAGACCAGAGAUUAUGUAAAAGCACUCAGAUCUGUUGGUAAUGUGACUUUACUGUUUCCUCCACCUGUGAAACAGUAUUUGAAUGUUUUUCAUUCGUCUUGUAGAGGGAACUGCUCUAACACAAAUGUUUCUGUGUGAUUAUAAAGUUGUUUCAAAUAUAGAAAUACAUUCAUUGUAGUGAGUAUUUCCACCACCACCCUGCUCAGAAGUGAGAGUAGCAUUCUGUACGUUUAUUUUCAACUCCCGAUCACACGUUCACACUCCAGUGCCACUCCAGUUUUAAGAUUGACUGUGUGCUAAUUUGUUGUAGUUUGUGUUUACUGCGACCACAAAGUUGUACACGCCUCCAUUCAUCCUUCUAUUUAUUGUGCAUCUACCUCUGUGUUCAUGUUGCAGUGGUUUCAUUCCGUGUUUUUCCACGUUUUCUUUUAAUGCCAAUGUUGUGUUUCUGUAGUAAAAACCAGACCGAACCUGAAGCGAAGCAGCCAAACUCUCGUCUCACAGACGUGACACAGCAUUCCUGCAAAGCAUUCCUGUAGAUGUUUUAACACCUGUAGCGUCCAUAUGAUUUUUAAUAUUGCCAUUGUGUAUGAUAUAGAACGUUAGAGUGCAGACAGAUGAUGACAUAGUUCCCCUGGUACAAUGUAGUCGAGUAAAGUAAAAGGUUGUAGUUGAUGUAGCGGAUAAAUUUAAUGUUUCGGUAUAAGAUGAAAAUAAAAUGAAGCCUUGCCUCCAUUUACUCCAUAGAAAAAGGCUUUUAUUCUGAAAGUUAGUUGUGCUUGUGGCACUAUUUUCAUACACGACAAUGUAAAAAUAUGUUUGUGUGCAUGCAUGAGCUCACUGUUUAUUUUAUCCCUUUUCAUAAAAGGCUGUGUUUUUCUUCCAUUUAAUAACUAAUAAUCUCCUGACUUCACGUCUCUAUUUUUUGUUUUUUAGCAUUUUCACAAAUAGAAGAAGAAUCAAAUUAGUUUCUAGCCACACAGAAUGUUUGGAGAGAGCUAUCGCAGAAUCUUAGUAAAUGGAACAUUUCUCACCACGUUGCUGUAAACCCAUUGUAAAUGAUUAUUGUCACAGUAUCACAUCUUAUGUCAAUAAACUGUCAAAAUCA